AUGGGCAGCUCCGAUAGUAAUGUUGAGGACUUCGUGGACGCUGUUCAAUACGACAAUGAAGACGAAGUAGAGGAGUUUGAGCACUUGAAGCAUCUCCGCGAUGUUUAUGAGGUUGAAAACGAUGAGUUUGAGGAUACUACUGAGACAAUAGAAGAAAUUUACGAAGAGGAAAAAUCUUCAUGGAGAUUAUCGAGCCAGCAACUAACAGUUCCUUGCGAAAGGCACUGGGAGAUGACGACGGAAGAACGCUGGAACGCUCUUUAUUCACAUGAGGUUCUCCGAGCAAAUUCUCGCGUUUACGAGGGCAAAGCUGUUAUUAUUGGAGGUACAAUAACAGGUUGUGUGUCCAGAUUGGAGGCUAUUCGAACGACCAACCCGUUCGCAAUUUUGGCGGAGGAGGCAUCAGAAGUGAUGGAGCCUCUCCUUGUUUCAUGCUUUAGCUCAUCUACACGAAAACUGGAAAAGAUCGGAGAUCAUAUGCAGCUGCAGCCCGUCGAAUGCGCAAGAACAUCUGCGACCUCACUCGAAACUUUUACGUCGAGAUCACAACGAUUGAAGAUCACGAAACUUGUGGCUCAAAAGUCAUUGGAUGUAAGUCUAAAGGAAGCGUGCCGCUUCUUGAUUGAUGCAUGUGAAGGAGGCGGCCGCGAGGUUCCGGGCGUAUCACCACACGUAUUUUUCUGGACACAUUGUGGUUCCCACGAGCGAUCAUCGGUCGGUUUGUCCCGUGUAAACCAGCAGGAAGCAAAAAUGACGUGUAGGUUGGUGCAUUAUUUAGUUCAUUGUGGAGUGCCUCCUCAGUCAAUUGCUGUGCUCACUCCGUACAAAGGACAAUUGAUGCUCAUGAGGAGAAUGCUAAUGAACACGUACGGGCUAUGUAUGAAGACUAAAGGACGAGAUUCACGACCAGCUCCAUCUUGCAUUGUAUCAACGGUAGAUCGUUUUCAAGGCGAUGAAGCUGACAUUGUCGUUAUCUCACUCGUAAUUGAUGGCAAGUCUCGCACGCCUUUCGUGAAACUUCAAAAUCGGAUGCGUGAAACUUCAAAAUCGGAUGAUUGUCUUGCUGAGUCGAGCACGCUUGGGGAUGUAUGUUGUUGGAAAUGUCGAUUACUUCGGCGAGACUACACAUUGGCAGAAGACGUUGGGGCUUUUAAAGAAAGACGCACUGUUGCAAAAGAAGAGCGAGACUUGAAGCUUAGAUUUUGCACUGUAGUGUGCUCGGUAGACCUUGAAGACUACCACAGCUAUCGCAACUCUAUCAAAUGUGACGGACACAGAAGAAAGCCUGACGUAGAGAAACACAAUCAACAGUGUCAUGUGAAGGUCGAGUCGCCUUGCAGUCGUCACCCUCGAGAACUGGUGUGCUCCAAUGUGACGGCUUCUGCGCGAGGAAUGUACAUUGAUAAAGCUCUGGAGAAUGAAAUCGUGGCAGGACGGAGGUCAUGGUUGGUGUGCAACAAAGAGGCUAUCGCACCGCACGAGUACUCGGAGUGCAAACGCGUUCUGAAAUGCACGUGCAGCGAGUUUGAUCGAUACACGAAAAAGCUUGCGCCCUUAUGCAUUGAAAAGGUUGAGUUCACACCGCCUUGUCAGCACACGAUAUCACUAUCAUGUCACGACCGUCAGGACUGCGCCAGCGGAAUGCGUAAGUUUGUAUGCAAGGAGAAAGUCAGGAUGUCAUUGCCUCGAUGCAGCCACGAGAUGGCUGCGUCUUGCUCGACAGCAGAAACGCUAAAGAAAUGGUCUGGCGAGUCGUGCGCGACAAUUGGCGUCGUCCAAGAAGGCAACACAUGUGAGCGGGCAUUUGAGCUUGCGCAGAGUCCGUCGCGCGGCCAGGAACAAGUUGUGUUGACGAAUCCGGAAUGCGGUCAUGAAUACUCUACGACGUGUUUUGAAGGAAAAAGACUCCAGGAAAAGGUCGCACAAUGGUCGAAGAAGAUGGAAGAUGUUGAUCCGUUGGAAAUUGUGCAAGAGGGUGAUGCUAGCAAGUAUCGUAAUUGCGAGCUCAAUAUCCAAUGCAGUCGUGAAGUGGUGUACAUUCGUGCCUGUGGUCACAAGGCAAACAUGAAAUGCAGUGAGGCGCGACACAUCACGACAUUUUGCGACGAGACCGUGACAGUGGAGCAUCCAAUCUGUGGACACCUAUCGCAGUUGCAAUGUAAUUUGAAGAAGCAUGUAAAUGCGUGGCAGCCGUGGCAGGAUCAGACUUCAUCAAUCAAGCUGCUACAAGAAGACAGUGUUGUUGAAGACACUUUAUCAUGCCUGGGUCUUUUCCGGGUGUACUAUAAUUCAUACUGA